UUACAUCCUUUGUUAAGCAAGCUGACUGACUCAGGAGAGAUGGCGACAUCCAAGAAGUUGACAGAACACUUCCUGACAUGCACCAUAUGUACAGAGGUGUUUGACAAGCCCUGUUCACUUGUGUGUAAUCACACCUUCUGUCGGAAAUGUGUCGUCGACUACACCAAAACCAGACGGGAAGCCCUCAGUGCCAAGUCUCUCCUGUGUCCAUUCUGCAGGAGGACGACAGAAGUGUCUGACCCUGAGAGACCAGUGGAGGAGUGGGCGGAUGACAUCAAGCCAAGCUUUGUCAUCCAGGGACUCAUGGAUUCGUUUGGCCCCGGAUCUAAAGAUACAACUAACUGCAGUUAUUGUAAGGAGGAAGGGGAGACAACUCCAGCUACAUCUUGGUGUUCUGUUUGUGACGAUGUACUGUGUGAACGAUGUACACGGAUGCACCAACGAAUCCCAUCUACUCGUCACCAUGACGUAGUUGACCUAUCUGGAGAGACAAAGGUCAAGGUCAAGAGAAAUGUCAUGUGUAAAGUUCACAAGAAUAAAAGUAUCAAAUAUCUUUGCAAAGAUUGUAAAACAGCUGUUUGUCAAGCAUGCUGCACGAUCCAUCACAGAAAAUGUGAGUUGGUUGUUGAAAUUGAGUCCGAGAUUCCUGCAAUGAAAACUGAGCUAAAGAGGAAUAGAGGGAAUGUAUUAAAGAUGCAAGAUGAAGUGAAAACACAUCUUGAAAAUCUUAACUCUAAAGUCAAAGAAGAAAUGGGGAUUCACUUACAAUUAGAAUCAAAUAUCAAGACUGCAAGUCUCACAGUCAUAGAGGUGAUCAAAGUCAAGGAACGGAAACUUCUGUCUGAACUAAAAGAGAUGUCUGACAGACACAUUGGACAACUGAAGGGAUGUGAGGCCGGUGAUGUGGAAGCUGUCGGAGUCGUAGAGGUGAAGGAGAAGGGAAGAAUAGACAGGAUAACAUUCAGGCAGGACACGGACAAGCUGAGUAGAGCACUGGAACAUCUCCAUCUGGGUGAGAUACUCGUCCAGUAUGACGAUGUGCUGGGCUUGAAGGCAACUCCUGUGUUACAAGACACCAUUACCGUGCUGGACCUGAAGGCUACCCCUGUGUUACUGGACACCAUUAACGUGCUGGACCUGAAGGCAACUCCUGUGUUACAGGACACCAUUGAUGUGAAAGUAGCAGGAGAUACAGACAGCGUAUUUUCUACUGACAUUACAAUGUUCGUGGUGAAUGGUACAAACACAGUGGUAGUUACCGACUGCAAUAACAACAGUGUGAAGUCCUUCUACACCAGGAACAGUCAUGCAGCUCAAAGCAAGCUCAGCCUCGGCUGUAAACCAUAUGGUAUAGCUAGGAUACACGACAACCAGGUGGCUGUCACUGUGCUGGAUAUCGGUCAGAUUGUAACUGUUAAAGUGAACCCUGACUUAGUGCUGCUGUCGACCAUUACAACCAGCAAACAGUACUGGGGAUUUUCAACAAUCAGCAAGAGAUGUAUCUAA